UCUUGUUGUUUUUUUUAUUUCACUUGGUGUCAAUCUUAAAUUUAGUUGAAAAGCUUUGACUCUGUUUGAAGCAUAUCUACAAAUACAACACUUUUGCAGUAAUUGUGCUGUCAAACUGUUCCUUAAAACUCUUUGUCGAAAAUACCACUCUGGUAUUGCUGCAUCCAGCCGAAUCAUUGAAGUUGUCAUUGUGUCUUCUCAAAGAAUUUCCAACUGUCAUCCACAGUGGCAUCUUGUUGCGGUGAGAAAAACUGGAUUUACGCAGCAUGGUUCAAGUGACACAAUUAUGAAUCCCCCCCCUGUAAAGUCCCACAUUUGGGAUAUGCAUCACAAUAAAACAUACGGAAUCGGAUAUCCUCAGAUUGUAAUAAGGCCUCGUCCGAAUGUGGAUACAAAUCUGAAACGUAUCGGAUAUCUGGCAAUGCCAGUUCUUAGUUCUCACCCUGUCAAUGCCAGCCUGCCGUCAUCAAAAUACAAUUGAUUGCUGCCUUAUACACACCCACGUCAGCCCAAACAACAUAAAUAAACAUUAAAAACUAAUUUAACAAUUAAAUAUGGUACAUCACAGGUGUGUCCAUCAUUAGACAAGAAUAAUAAUUGCAGAUGGUGGCCAGCGGAGUAAUGUGGAGGUUACCCUCAUUCAAAUCAAUGAGGGGAAGAGUCAACUGAGGCCAGCUUAAUGUUACUAUAUAUAUGGUUUUAUAUUUUUAGUAUUUAUACGUUGUCUACUUCCGUGUUGUCACUGCCCAGUGUUGAUGUUUGUGGAGUUUUUUACAUGCAAUUAGGGUGUCAUUCAGUUGUUCCAUAGAGUAAGCAUAGCCAUAUGGGAUAUGUGUCACUUGAAAUGUACAGGGAGUUGGACAGUAAAAAGAAAUUUGGCAGAAAUAGCCAUUAAAUCAGAAUUGGCACUUGGACCUGCAAUUUAAAUCCAGGCUGAGGUUGGUGUUAAUCCUCCAUGAAGGGUUCUUACAAGCUCCAGGCCACAAAUCAACGCAAAGGCGGAUACAUACAUACAUGCAGACCAACAGCGAAGACUGCUAGGAUUACGGCCAGUUUGGCAUCACUCUGUUUGACUUUUUAAGACAUUGAUAUGUAGUCGUCUUGUAUAGCCACACUGAUGGAAGAAAUUUGUGCAGGUUCUUUGGUUUGAUAAAAUUAUCUUUUUUCUCUGUUUAUUGGUCAAAAAAUAAUUUCUUGUUUGACAUGGACCUUGUAUGCGUUACUAUUAGGAGGUAGACCAUUGACCUCUCAAAAUAAAAAUCUGAAAAAUAAUAACAAUGCACAUUUACACAUAAUAUAAUUAAACAAUCAUUUAAAUCACCCAGGAAAUCCAUACUCUAUGAUUGUCUAGGAUUUAACUUUUGACAUUUCAAAUAUUUCAAAGAGUGCCCAUUUAAACUUGCCGUAAUGGUUAUCAAACUGACUCAAUGACAUGCCUCCUUAACAUGCAUCUGAUCAAAACUUUGAACUGUGUUGUAUAUAAUGUAUUGUAACCAUCAUUGCUGACAUGGAUUAUCAUGUUUAGGGAAGGAUUCCAGCAAUAUUUAUUGAUCGGGGCACCUUUUGUACUAAAUACAAAGUGUAUAGAAAAUGGGUGGAUGGGAUUGGUUGUUACAGAAAGUUACAGAAACAGACCCAGCUCCUUUAAAAAAAAGUGCAGUGCUAGCCCGUCAUGCAGCGUUUCUACACAAUUGGCGCAACAGUAAAGUUUAUUCACCCGUUACAGUUGCAAUGUCAGUUUAUUGGACAGCAACAAUUGAUUUUAACACAAAGAGGCUGGAGAACCGAGUCCCAGGUGUUUAAACCCCUAGUUCCGGCUUUCUGCUCUUCCCUUUCACACGGCCAGCAUUGCGCCUCACUAGAGCCUUUAAUACUACAGAAAUCCCCCACUAUUUGUUGGGGAUAGGUAACGAGCCCUGCCAUGAAGAGCAAAAAAAAAGUAAGUUCUUGACACCCCCCUAAAAAUGUUUAGAAUUGCCUAUAUUAAUAGUUUAAGCCAUAACUAUACCACAGUCUAUGACACUAAAAUGCUUGAAUAUAAUUUAUGAACUCCUCUUAUAACAUUUCCCUUAAAAAUAAAUGCCUUACAGAUGAUUUAAUUUUUUUAAAUGCACCAGCAAAAACUUACACAUGCAGUGAAGACUCUCUGUAACUUAUGCUUACACCCCAGGCUAAACUGAGCUCCAACCCAACAUACAAAUAUUUUGCUCUCUGAGUCUUUAUGUAUCACCUCAACAUACAACCCCAAUUCCAAUUAAGUUGGGAUGUUGUGUUAAACAGCAAAUAAUCAUUAACUUAGAAUUUUAUGGCUGCAACACAUUCCAGAAAAGCUGGGACUGGUGGCAAAAAAGACUGAGAAAGUUGAGGAAUGCUCAUCAAACAUCUGUUUGGAACAUCCCACAGGUGAACAGGUUAAUUGGGAACAGGUGGGUUCCAUGAUUGGGUAUAAAAGGAACUUCCCUGAAUUGCUCAGUCAUUCACAAGCAAAGAUGGGGCGAGGUUCACCUCUUUGUGAACAAGUGUGUGAGAAAAUAGUCAGUUUAAGGACAAUGUUCCUCAACGUACAAUUGCAAGGAAUUUAGGGAUUUCAUCAUCUAUGGUCCAUAUCAUCAUCAAAAGGUCCAGAGAAUCUGGAGAAAUCACUGUAUGUAAGCGGCAAGAACGAAAACCAACAUUGAAUGCCCGUGACCUUCGAUCCCUCAGGCGGCACUGCAUCAAAAACCGACAUCAAUGUGUAAAGGAUAUCACCACAUGGGUCCAGGAACACUUCAGAAAACCAAUGUCAGUAAAUACAGUUCGGCGCUACAUCUGUAAGUGCAACUUAAAACUCGACUAUGCAAGGCAAAAAAUCCAUUUAUCAACAAGACCCAGAAACGCCUCCGGCUUCUCUGGGCCCGAGCUCAUGUAAGAUGGACUGAUGCAACGUGGAAAAGUGUUCCGACGAGUCCACAUUUAAAAUUGUUUUUGGAAAUUGUGGACGUCGUGCCCUCCGGGCCGAAGAGGAAGAGAACCAUCCGGACUGUUAUGGACGCAAAGUUCAAAAGCCAGCAUCUGUGAUGGUAUGGGGCUGUGUUACUUACAAUGGCAUGGGUAACUUACACAUCUAUGAAGGCACCAUUAAUGCUGAAAGGUACAUACAGGUUUUGGAGAAACAUAUGCUGCCAUCCAAGCAACGUCUUUUACAUGGACGCCCCUGCUUAUUUCAGCAAGACAAUGCCAAACCACAUUCUGCACCUGUUACAACAGGGUGGCUUCGUAGUAAAAGAGUGCGGGGACUAGACUGGCCUUCCUGCAGUCCAGACCUGUCUCCCAUUGAAAAUGUGUGGCGCAUUAUGGAGCGUAAAACACGACAACGGAGACCCCGGACUGUUGAACAGCUGAAGCUGUACAUCAAGAUAGAAUGGGAAAGAAUUCCACCUACAAAGCUUCAACAAUUAGUGUCCUCAGUUCCCAAACAUUUAUUGAAUGUUGUUAAAAUAAAUCUAACACAGUGGUAAACAUGACCCUGUCCCAGCCUUUUUGGAACGUGUUGCAGCCAUAAAAUUCUAAGUUAAUAAUUAUUUGCUAAAAACAAUAAAGUUUAUCAGUUUGAACAUUAAAUAUCUUGUCUUUGUAGUGUAUUCAAUUAAAUAUAGGUUGAACAUGAUUUGCAAAUCAUUGUAUUCUGUUUUUAUUUGUCUAACACAAUGUCCCAACUUCAUUGGAAUUGGCGUUGUACUUCCUUGACACCAAUUACUACUUUACUAUUACCCUGGGUUUUUCUGCCAGCUUGUGGCAAUUUAGGGCAUUAUAGAACGAGCACAGAAAUAUGCAAAUAAGUUACCAAAAAAUGCAGGUAAAUUUGUAAAACGUGAACUGCAAAUAUGCGGGGCAUUUACUGUUACUUGAAAACUGAAAACACUCUGUCACACCUACCAGUGACAAGAAAAGGCCAUCUCUAACGGGCAGUGUGAAAGGGGCAAAACGUUAGCAGUGCUAGUAUGUGCUAGGCUGAGGUACUCACAAUAAUGGAGUGCAGAAAAUGUGUGUAUGUUGGCUGGUGAAGUGUGGUCCUAUUCAAGAGCUCCCACAAUACUCACCUCAUCCACCAGGUGCUAUGUGAAGCAGGUGGUUGUCUAAUGCUGGCAAGACAGUGUGUCGGCAUCUUUUGGCAGCCAUGUCUCGACUGUGUUUUUUUUUUUUUCCAUCAGCAAAAAACAAGCUGUUGGCCAGUUUCCCAGUUAGGUUUAAAGGAGACAUAUUAUGCUUUUUUUAACCAGAAUUUGAAAAGUUAAGUAUCAAGAAUUACAGCCCACACAUUUCCUCCCUCAGUAUCGAGCAGUCUUUCCCGACCUUUAUUAAGCCAAUGCACUUAUUUUACAUGAGAAGAAUCUCAUGGCACACACCACCAAACAAAAAUGUCACAAAUAGAAUAUACUAAAGAUAUGUAUUGGAAUUAGGACUGAAACAAUUGAUGAAAUAACUCUUAAUUAUACUCUAUUACAAAUAAGUUGAAGCAAAAUCUCUGCCUCGAAGUUAUGAAGACUCACGCCCCACUCCGUGUAGAAAUAAGUUGGCGUGAUGGCCGUGAGCCUGGAGGAAACUGUCUGUAAAAGACCGGGAAUGUCCAAAGUUUGGGAUCAUUUCACACUUGUGGUAAUAAUAAAGUGCAAUUUGUCUACUGCAAAGCAGAACUUGGGUACCACAACAGCAUGUCUACGAUCGCCAACACAAGGUAUCGGUGUUAGCUACUUUAAUAUACCCUUAAUAUAGAACUUAAUGCCCCCACAAAGCAAUUAAAUAGUACAUUUUCCUUAAUAUGUCCCCUUUAUAUUCACUGGGAAAACUUUGGGACGUUUGCCGUGGCAGUAUGCCCCUCAAACUGUUACGUGGUGCUUGAAGGCUACAUACUGUUGCUGUUUUUGUAUGUUGUUGCAUAUUUUCCAGACUUAGGAACUGUGGGAAAUAAUGACUGCUGCUGCAGGUCAAAUGACGUUGCAAGGUGAAGGCAACGCCGAAAAAUUUGAUUAUGUCAUGAACUUCUUGAAGAACAUGGCGGGAAACGAGUAUGUCGGUUUCAGCAACGCCACAUUCCAGUCUGAGCGUGAGUCAGGAGACAGGAACUUUGCCAUCGGCUACUACUUGAAAGAAAAAAAGUGUUUUCCUGAGGGGACAGACAUGACGUCUGUAUUGGACCUCUACUUUCAGCUGUGCUCCAUUGAAGUGAACUGUGAGAGCGCCAGUGUGAUGGCAGCCACACUAGCUAAUGGAGGUAUCUGCCCCAUCUCGGGCGAGCGAGUUCUCAGCCCCGAGGCUGUGAGAAACACCCUGAGUCUCAUGCAUUCCUGUGGCAUGUACGACUUCUCCGGCCAGUUUGCCUUCCAUGUGGGUCUGCCGGCCAAGUCGGGCGUGGCAGGAGGCAUCCUGCUGGUGGUGCCCAACGUGAUGGGUAUUGUGUGCUGGUCGCCACCCUUGGACAAACUGGGGAACUCGGUCAGAGGGAUUCAGUUCUGCACGGACCUGGUGGAACUUUUUAAUUUCCACAAUUACGACAACUUGAGGCACUUUGCAAAGAAGCACGAUCCUCGCCGAGAGGGUGGAGAACAGCGGGUCAAGUCUGUCAUUAACUUGCUGUUUGCCGCCUACACAGGAGAUGUCUCCGCGCUGAGGAGGUUUGCCUUGUCAUCUAUGGACAUGGAGCAGAGGGACUACGAUUCCAGAACAGCCCUCCAUGUGGCGGCAGCUGAGGGUCACACAGAGGUUGCGCGUUUCCUGCUGGAGGCCUGUAAGGUCAACCCGGUCCCCAGAGACAGGUGGGGUAACACACCGAUGGACGAGGCCGUGCACUUCGGCCACCAUGACGUGGUGGCCAUCCUGCAGCCGCACAGCGACAAAGAGCGGCCGGCCGACGACUCCGGCGACAAGGAGAGCGCAGAGAAGAGUUUGGACAGUCUGCUGUAGGAGGGCCAGUCAGUUUUGCCUCUGGUUUGGACACUUCACUUUCAGGCUGCAUAUUGCCGUGUGAGUGGACGUUAUACAUUACCUUUAGUAUGUAAAGAAGCGUAUAAAACCUGAAUAUGUCAUCUAUUAUUGCAGUUGGAAUUGUUCUGUGUUUUUGGUGUGUUGAGCAUUUUCUCACUGUGGUCAUUGCUGUGUGUGAAAACAGAAAUGUUGAUGAAUUGUAUUACCGUUGCAUAUUUGUUGAGAAGUUUAUUGGAAUUUUGCUGUUUGAUGAGUGGUUUUGUCAGGAUGAGUUUUUUUUUUUUUUUUUUUAGAGCAUUCUACCUAUUUAUCAACUCACACGAAGAAGAAUGUAUUUGAAAUAUAUUUUUCGGUAUGACUUGAAGAGCUCUUUUCCAAAACAAAACAAAAGCAGAAAAAAACAACAACUAAUGCCAUUCAUUGUAUAUAAUUUUAACUUAUGUUAACUCAAUUAACUUUAUUCAGACUAAAAUUGAAUUGUUUACAACAUUUGGGUAAAUAAUUUUUUUAAAGGAUUUCUGGCGUUUUGGAAAAGAACUCCACUUGCAAUAGAGGUGACUUUUUAUGAUGAUGUACAACUAAGAUGUUAGAUGGAUUUAUUUUUUCGACUACUGAUUAUUUUCUGUUUUUGUGAAGUGUCAUUUGAAAAGAAAUGUAAAAUGGCCGCCAUGUCAUCCCAAGGUAAGUCGGCAAGCACAAUAACCCGCAACUUGACACAUUCCAUUUUCGCAGUAAACGAGCAUACUGAUAGUCACAUCUUUGUGGUUGUAUAAAAAGUUAUUACGAAAGUUUACAAAAUGCUAAUCCCAGUAUUCUGUGGUUAUUUUACAAAUGUUCCAAAAAUGUAAACCCACAGAAUUCCUUUUAAUUUGCAGAUCAAAUUGACCAGUUUAAAAUAUAUAUAUAUAUAUAAGGUUGCUUAAGAUACAAAUUUAAUUUGUUCUGUGACCAUGCUCAUUUUUCCCCAUUGAAAUGACAAAAAUGUAACUAAUCCGUUCCAGCCCCCGCCCCCAAAUGAUUUUAUAAGAAAAAUUGCACUCAACAGGAUUGUACUGUAUAAAAACACAGUAAUAACAUUUGCUCUCCACAAAAUAAAAAAUGCGAGCACAAAACACAA